AUGUUACUCGAGGUAAAAUUUAUUCUUUAUACGAUUCUUGCUCGAUUCGAUAAAUAUAUUGGUCCUAUUUUAAUAAAUGUUUUUUCUAAAAUUACACAUUUGGAUGAAAUAAAACAAAUGAAUGCAAAUAUAACAAUACCUAGACGUAGUUCAAUUCGUGAUCGAUUUACAUGUGUUCGAUUAUUUAAUACUAAUAAAUCAUUGAAUCAAUUAGUUUUACAACAUAAAUAUCCUAAUCUUUAUAAUUUGUUAAAAGAUGAGUUUAAACGUGCAUCUGGAAUUUUUCAACAAGAUGGUUUAGCUGUUGCUGCUAAUUAUUCUGUAUUAAACUUUCAAUUACCGGUUAAAGAAUGGAAAAAAAUUGGUGAAUAUGUAAAUAGUACACUUACAAUAGCUGACAUUCAAUGGCCAGGUGAACGAUCAAAACCACCACCAGGCAAACCUAUUAUUUAUUAUUUAAAAGUAGUAACACUUGAAGAACUUCCAUUUGUUAUUCUUAAAGAUCCAUCUAUUGAUGGAAAAUGUCAGCCAGGUUCAGUUAUUUGUCGUAUUGGACCAGAAAAUUCAGGUGCUAAUCAUAGUGAUUCACACCAUUAUCAAUGUUGUUCAGGAUUUUAUAUUGAUAUUUUUAAUAUACUUAAAGAUCGGCUUAAAUUUGAAUUUGAACUUUAUCAAGUUCCUGAUCGAACAUGGGGUGGACGAAAUCCUAUAACUAAUAAAUGGAAUGGUCUUAUAGCUGAACUUCUUGAAAAUCGAGCUGAUUUAACAUUAACAUCACUGAAAGUAACUACGGAACGAAAUGUAGCUAUUGAUUUUAGUGUUCCACUUAUGGAAACGGGUAUUGCUCUAAUUGUAUCAUUAAAACCAGGUGCUAUUUCAACUACAGCGUUUCUUAAACCAUAUGAUUAUCGAAUAUGGGUUCUUAUUUUAUUAGUAACACUUCAUGGUGUUGCAAUAACGGUUUUUCUAUUUGAAUAUUUUCAAAAACGAUUUACUACACAUAUUAUUCAUGAUACCAUGAAGAAUGGACAAGUCGUUUAUAAUAAACCAUGGCAACAUGUUCUUGAUCUUUUUCGACCUGAAACAAAAAAAGAUUUGAAUAUAACAUUUUUUCAAUCUGUUUGGCUCAGUUGGGUUAUCUUAUUUCGAGCACCAGCAAAAAUAAAUAAUCCAAAAGGUUUUACAUCGAAAUUUAUGGCUAAUAUUUGGGCAUGUUUUUGUUUGGCAUUUACGGCUAGUUAUACAGCUAAUUUAGCGGCUUUUAUGAUAACGAAAGAUGAUUAUUUUCGUCUAUCGGGUAUAACUGAUAAUCGCAUUACUAAUCCUCAUUCAUUGAAACCACCAUUUCGUUUUGGAACCGUUGCAAAUGGAGUAAUUGUGUUUGAUUUUUUCUUUUAUAAUUCGAUUCUUCUAAGUGCUUUUUUUUUAGAAUUACAUACAUUUUUAUAUGAUGCAGUUGUACUCGAUUAUUUAAGUGGACAAGAUAGUGAAUGUAAAUUACGUGUUGUUGGAAAUUGGUAUGCAAUGACUGGUUAUGGUAUUGGAUUUCCGAAACAAUCGAAAUUCAAAGAUAUGAUUAAUAAAGAAAUUAUUGAAAUGCAUCAUUCUGGUGAAAUUGAACGUCUUCGACGAUUUUGGUUUACUGGUGCUUGUAAAUCCAGUGGACAUCAACAGUCAAAGACAAGUAGUCAACGAUUAGAUCAAAGGAAUUUUACGUCGGCUUUUUUACUUCUCUGCGGUGGUACUCUUAUAGCCAUUAUUAUUCUUAUUUGUCAAAAUGCAUAUUCACAUUUUGUUACUCGACCAAAACAGAUGAAAAAUGAAAAUAAAAAUCGUCAAGAUUAUAAACGUAUGAUUACCAAUAUUAGACAUAAUCACGACAAUACUCAACGUGAAAAAAUAUUAGAAAAACGUAUUGAAGUAUUACAAAAACGCAUUCGUCAAUUGGAAACAGAAAUAUCAUUGAAAUCAUCAUCGGCACUAUCAGAUGAUAUAAAGAAAACAAAGAAAACUAGACCAUCAUUCUUAGUGUUACCAGUAACAUACACUCCUGAACCAGAAAAAUCGCCUAAACUCGAAAUUGUUUCUUUUUCACCAAUGGACGAAACUAAUACACCGUUGUUACUUGUCGAACAAUUAAAUGCACGAAUAUAUGAAUCCAUUGUUUAA